AUGUCGAACAAACAGGGCAAAAUGGCCGGUUACAUCAACUACCGCAUGAGGGUCACGUUGAUGGACGGCCGCCAGAUGACAGGACAGAUGCUUGCUUUCGACAAGCAUAUGAAUCUCGUCCUGGCCGAUACUGAAGAGUUCCGACGCGUAAAGAGGAAGCAAAAUAAGCCUACUGCCCCCGGCGCAUCCAGUUCAGCCGCAACCCAGACGAUCGAGACAGAGGAAAAGCGUACUCUGGGUUUGACGAUUCUACGUGGUGCUCACAUUGUGUCUUUGUCUGUUGAAUCUGCGCCCCCGGCCGAUCCUAGCACGCGACUUGGAAAGAGUACUCCUGGUGGAUUACCUACUGGCUUAACUUCUGGUCCAGGUGUCUCGCGUCCUGCUGGCCGUGGUGCCGCCCCGUCGUCCCUUGCUGGACCAGCUGCUGGUGUUGGUGGUAGUGCUCCCCCUCCUUUCCCCCAGUUUGGUGGAGCCCCUGGAUUUGGACCUGGACGAGGUGGCCCUCCCGCACCUGGGUUUCCUCCUGGUGGAUUCCCGCCGCCAGGCUUCCCUCAGAACGCUCAAUUCCCACCUCCUGGCUUUAAUCCUGCCGGUGGCCCUCCCCCGGGAUUCAAUCCUCCGCCGCGAAGAUAA